CUACCGAAUGGAGCUUUUGGGGUUUUCCGGCGGCGAAUGCAUCGCGUUCUCUCCCCGCUUCGCGUCCAAACCCACGCCUCGCGCCGCCGCCUCGCCCACUUCCUCCCGCCUCCGGAGCGCGUUCUCUCCGAUCCCCGCCUUGGAUUCGUCUGCGAAGAGCUCCGCUCCCUCGACCACCUCCCCACUACGCCACCCCGACGACAGGAGGAAUCGUCGACACCAGCACGAGGGAGGAAUGUAGGUGGGGUGGUUGAGGUGUCGCACCCGUGGCCGGAAUGGGUCCAGCUGAUGGAACACCUGCUGAGGAAGGGCUACUUGGACCGCUCUGCCUUGCGGGUGGGUGAUGCAUCUUCAUCGUCUUCUUUGAGUGCUUCCAAGGAUUCCAAUCUUAUCCGGACGGCAUGCCUCAAUUUUGCACGAGACCGGUUCGAUAUCAUCAGAUAUUUGUCCAGGAGGGACAUUCAUAUAAUUGGACAAUGUGGAUGUCCCAGCAAAGACAGAAAAGUUGUCAACUCAGGAAAACGUUUGAGGGCUCAUGUGGGAAUUCAGGAAGGAGAUGUUUGUAGCUCAUGCAGUCUGCGGGUUAGUUGCGAGAGAGCAUAUGUUAAGGCACGUGAAGAUGAAGUAGGAAGAACUGUUGAUGUGAUGCGCAUUUUAUUGACUUAUGGACUUGAUAUUAUAACUGGAUCAGUGGAGAACUCAGCUUGCCUGAACAAGACUAUUAAAGAGUCAGUUAAGAAACUUUUGAAUGAGAUGGUGGAAUUUAGUUCCAAGGAACUUGACGUGAAUAGUCUUACCUUGACCUCUAAAAGGCCUCUACAUAGGCAGAGCAAAGCAAACGGGCAUCAACUUUUUAAGGGCCAACUUUCUGUUCCUACAAAGCAGGGGGAUUGGAUCUGUCCCAAAUGCAACUUUCUGAACUUUGCUAAGAACAUCACAUGCUUGCGUUGCAAUGGACAAUUUCAAGAGAGAUUUAAAAUGCUACAACUGCAAGAGGAACACGGACAUCUUCCUCUUAAGAAAGGAGAUUGGAUAUGCCAGAAGUGCAACUUCUUGAACUUUGCCAAAAAUAUUGAAUGUCUGCAGUGCCAUGAGAAGCCACAUAAUCGGCAGCUUAAUCCUGGGGAAUGGGAAUGCAUCUCGUGUAACUACAUUAAUUUUCGAAAGAACAGUGUGUGUUUGAGAUGUGACUGGAAGCGACCAAAAGCAAUAAACAAUGGUGACUUUGUUAGAUCAGAGCAUGGCAGUCAAGUAGAUAGGAAGAGUUAUAGCUUCUCAUUUGUUAGAGACAGUGACAUUGAUGCAAAGAAGGUAGUGACACAGAAGGAAGACUCAGAUUUUUGGAGAUCCAGUGAGGACGAAUGCAGUGACUAUGGUGACAAUAGAUUUAAUUCGUGGAAAGGGUUUAAUAAUUUUCCCAUAAUAGGAGGUAGAACUGCAGUUUCUCAAGAUGCUACCGUGAGGCAGAGGUGGAAGGAAAAAAUGUCUAGAAGGCAUCGAGACCCUUCAGGGGAGUGUGUGGAGGAAAGUGAUCAUGACGUGCCAUCGACUCCUAGUAGCGACAUGGAUCUGGACAACUGUAGCAGUGAGGAUGACACAGCUGAGUGGUUUGGCAGUGGAAAAUUGAGUCAUAGAUUCCACAAAUCCUCUAGAUAAUCAUCUAUUGUUAAACUUGUUUGUUUGUUUGUUAGAUUAGAUUGCAGGAUAGGAAGAACUUAUUGAGAAAAAAGAAUGUCAUCUAUGUGCUAUGAGAUUGAUCGGUAUCAUUGAUUAUGACAAAUAUAAUCCAACAUGAUAAAUAUUGUAUACAAUUGAAUGGUGGGCUUUUUGAUGGAUAAUCUUUUAUUGUUAAA